CGAAGCCCGCGAAUUCAAAUUUCGAACAUUUCGAAAUCGCGCGUACUCAAGUGACUCGUGAUUUUUUUUAAUUUAAAAUCAGUGUUGCUAGAUUGAUAUUAACGGAUUUUUUUUGUAGUUUUGUUUCUGCUUUUCGUCGUUUAUUCUUGCGAUAACCUGUCACAUGCCUGACGUCUCCGCGUCUCCAAAUCCAACAGUAUACCAAACUAUGAGUAUAGAGUUUUCUAGAUAACACUAGUAUUUCCGCGAUGGCGUCAGUGGCGGUAUGGACCUUCGUGUUGUGCGUGGUGGGGAGGAGUUUAGCGCUGGACAAUGGUCUGGCCAUGACGCCGCCGAUGGGGUGGUUGGCCUGGGAACGGUUUAGGUGCAACACUGACUGUAAGAAUGAUCCUGAGAAUUGUAUAAGUGACCGCCUCUUCCGAACAAUGACGGAUAUCCUCGUAUCGGAGGGCUACGCGGCGGCCGGAUACGAGUACAUCAACGUGGACGACUGCUGGCCGGAGCGGGAACGGGACCCUCGCGGCCGGCUGGUGCCGGAUCGGGAACGGUUCCCGUACGGCAUGAAGAGCCUCUCCGACUAUGUACACAGCAAGGGGCUCAAGUUCGGUAUUUACGAGGACUACGGCAACUUCACGUGCGCCGGGUACCCGGGCGUCGUGGGACAUCUUGCCGGAGAUGCCGCCACAUUCGCGUCGUGGGGCGUGGAUUAUGUGAAACUAGACGGGUGCUACGCCCUCCCCGCUGACAUGGACCACGGGUACCCUGAAUUCGGGCGACAACUCAACCUGACUGGACGACAGAUGGUCUACUCUUGCAGUUGGCCUGUAUAUCAGAUAUAUGCUGGAAUGCAGCCUAAUUUCUCGUCCAUCAUCGAGCACUGCAACUUGUGGCGGAACUUCGACGACAUCCAAGACUCCUGGGCCUCCGUCGAGUCUAUCAUAGACUACUACGGAAACCACCAGGACGUGAUCGUGCCGAACGCAGGGCCUGGACACUGGAACGACCCUGACAUGCUUAUCAUCGGCAACUUCGGCCUAUCAUACGAGCAGAGUAAAACGCAGUUCGCGAUAUGGGCCAUUCUCGCAGCGCCUCUACUGAUGAGCGUAGAUCUCCGGACUAUCCGGCCUGAAUACAAGGCCAUACUGCAAAAUAGGAAGAUUAUUGAGGUGGAUCAGGACCAGCUGGGAAUUCAGGGCAGGAGGAUAUACAAGCAUCGAGGCAUCGAAAUCUGGUCGCGCCCCAUCCUGCCCAUCCAAGGACAAUACUACUCGUAUGCCGUGGCUUUCGUCAACAGACGAACGGACGGUACGCCGUCUGACGUGGCCGUCACACUACGGGAGCUGGGUUUGAACAACCCUGCUGGGUACAGAGUCGAGGACCUGUACGAAGACGUGGACUACGGCGUGCUCUCGCCGCAGACGAAGAUCAAAGUGAAAGUGAACCCCUCAGGUAGCGUGGUGAUCCUGCGCGCGGACGCGCAGCCCGCGUACGCGUACAACGCCAUCCCGACGCGGACGCCGUACUCGCCGCUCAACGACGUGUUCCGGCUGAAGAAGUAACGCCAUCUAGC